GUAAAACAGCAGUAGAGGGUGUAGUCACUAGUUUGAAGCCAACAGAAGAGUUGGAUCUGAGAUCAUUCUUUGUCUUCUCCUCCAACUAACCAGAGUUUCAUUGAGGACUGGAGCUGAUGAACUACAGAACAGCUUUUCUAAGAACAUCCAGGAAGAAGAGAAGAAAGACGAUAUGGGACGAAGAAGAGGAGGGACUCUGAAGAUUCUGUUACUGUUGACACUCUGUCUGCAAGCCUUCACUGGUCAAUGCCAAGAUUCAGGGCAGCCCUCUGAUCUGAGGAUAGUUCUGAUAGGGAAGACUGGAGCAGGGAAGAGUGCAACAGGAAACACCAUCCUGGGGAGAAAGGUGUUUAGAGAAGACCUCUCCCCUGAGUCUGUCACUGUUCACUGUGAGAAACAGAGUGGGGAGGUGGAUGGGAGGAAGAUUGAUGUCAUCGACACCCCGGGGCUCUAUGACACAACAAUGUCUAAAGAAGAGAUGAAAAGUGAGAUAGAAAAGGCCAUCUACAUGUCAGUCCCAGGACCUCACGCCUUCCUGCUGGUGAUCAGACUGGGGAGGUUCACAGAGGAGGAGAGGAACACUGUGAAGUGGAUCCAGGAGAACUUUGGAGAAGAGGCAUCAAUGUACACCAUCAUUCUGUUCACCGGAGGAGACCAGCUGGAGGACAAAUCAAUGGUGGACUUUCUAAGUGAGAGUGAGGAGCUUAUGAAACUCGUCAAGGUCUUUAAGGGCAGAAAUCAUGUCUUCAAUAAUAAAAAGAAGAAUGACAACACUCAGGUCACAGAGCUGCUGAAGAAGAUAGAUGAGAUGGUGAUGAAGAAUGGAGGACAACACUACACCAAUGAGAUGUACCAGGAGGUUCAGAGGAAGAUCAAAGAGGAGGAGGAGAGGAAGAAACAGGAGAAGAAGGAGAGAGAGGAGGAGGCGAAGAAGAAACAAGAGGAGGAGAUCAGGAAACGGGAAGAGAAGGCGAGAGAGGAGGAGAGGAAGAGACAGGAGGAGAGGAAGAGACAGGAGGAGGAGAUCAGAAAACGGUUAGAGAAGGUGAGAGAGGAGGAGAGGAAGAGACAGGAGGAGGAGAAGAGACAGGAGGAUAAGAAGAAACAUGAGGAGGAGAUCAGAAAACAGGUAGCAAAGGCGAGAGAGGAGGAGAGGACGAGACAGCAGAGGACGAGACAGCAGAGGACGAGGAAGUCGUCGUCAGAUGGCAUAUUGGGAUUGUUAGCAACUGUUUUCACAGCGGUGGUAGCAGGACCAUUAGCAAUUCCAGUUGGAGCUGCUGUAUUUGCAAAUGAAUUAGCUGAACAUUUAGACGAUUCUGAUUAAAUGAGGAAGAGGAGGCAGUGUGAAGUACCAAUCUCUUCCUCAUCUUAAUGUCGAGUAGUAGCAGUACAAUAUAUUAAUACUGUACAAUGACAACCAUCAU